GUGGGAGGAAAGAGGGUUUUAGCAUGGAUGGACCCAAAUCUCCAAAUCUCUUCUGCACGGUUUGGAGGAGAAUAAAGGUCAAGUAUCCUCCAAGAUCGUUGAAGCUGUUUCACAGUUUACCGGUGGUAGCGCUGACUCCUCAGCUACAACCGCAAACCGUGACUUACCAGUAUCCACAGACAAUCAG